AUGGCAGUCUAUGUAGAUUAUCAGAAAAACAUACGGCAAGCAACCACACUCUGCCAGCGCUGCAAAGUCCUCGAAUUCGACGACAAGACAGAGCUAAAUAACUUAGAUAACCAGCAACUCUUCAUGUUAUUGAUGCAAUUGAUUCCAUCUCAUAGAAAGGCUCAGGGAGCUCAUGGAAAGGGACUCGAAAAAGGUCCCCGGGAGACAGAGACAACAUAUCUUCCAACUCGUCUGAUAGAUGUGGGCGACAGCAAAGGAAAUGAAGACCCUCGACUGGUAGUUACAAAGACACAUCCGCUAUCCCAAGACACUCAGAAUGGGGAUAAACGAUACCUGGCUCUUAUCUACUGUUGGGGCCCUCCUGAAGAGGCUCAACACCAGCUGACGACGACCAGGGACACGCUACAAGACCGGCUGCGGGAUGGAGAAGAUUGGGAGAUGGAAUCGGCAAGGAUGGCAGACGUUUACUCUCGAGCCCAUAUAACUAUCUGUGCCAUGCAGGGAAACUCAUGCCUGACUGGAUUUCUGCAACGAGCUGUUCCUCCCUCUGUCGAGAUCCCAUUCCAGUCAUCCUUGGAUCCUUCCAUCUCAGGUCAAUUCUCCGUUUAUGUCCGAAACUCGAGUCUACGGGUAGAUUGUGAUGUCUGGUUUUCAACACGCGAUGCACCACCGCCAGACCCCUGGGAGUUCACAUCCCAGUGGGAUGACAUCCUUGCAGAGGAUCUCGACGACUGCGUCUGGAAUACACGCGGGUGGACCUUUCAGGAAUUGAAGCUCAGUCUACGAACGCUCUUAUUUGGCCGGCGCAUGAUGCAUCUCUACGCAGACUCUUUCCUUGAGUCAGAGGACAGACGCUGCGUUGACUAUUACAAUGUCUGGGGCCCGUCCCUGGAAUACGCCCAGUAUGGAACUCCACCUGAGUUGGAGGAGAUUAUGCCAGCAGCACACUGGCAAGCAUUCGAGGCCCUGUGCCCCCUUAGAGACUGGCAGAUACUGGUCGACAGUUUCUCCCGACGAUCCCUGACAGAGCCAUCAGACGCCCUGCCCGCCAUGUCUGCCAUCGCCCAGUGUUUUGCCGGCGGGAACAAUGGCGAUUUUCUUGCGGGCGUCUGGAGUGCCCAUCUCCAUCGCGAGCUCUUGUGGGCCCAUUAUUCAGGUCCUUCAGAAACGCGACUCGAUUUCGCUGACAACUUUACCGCGCCAUCCUGGAGCUGGGCUCGACAAAACUACCCCGUCGAAUGGACCCCUAUUGACGGUAGUUCACUCAAAACCGGAAUUCCAGCUCUUGGCCGCACAUACAAGAACUGGUCCGAAUCCAUAUGGCCGGGUUCGGGAUGGCCGCAUCGCAUUAUCUGCGAGAGCAUGCAAACUUCCUACGAUGAACCUGAAAGCGCAGCCUGGAUCCCAAGGACUGUCGUUUCCAUACGAGCUACAAUCAGCCGAUUCGCGGUUCAUCGCGUAUCUGAGGUUUGAUUGGAGGUCGCCGUCUGUACGGGCACCGAGGGAUCCUAAUAACAUAGGAGGAGCAAGAGGACGGGCCCAUUGACAAUCUAUGGAUGGUUCUGGUGUCCAGUAGGCCAUAUAGCUCGUUUGAUGCUAAUGAGACCACGGAGAAAGAGCCAGAAUACAUGUAUGGUCUGUUGAUGCCUCCCGCCAAGACGCCAGGCGAAUAUCAACGAGCAGGCCUGUUUUUCUCUGAGACGAGGGGGCUUGGUGGCAGGAGGUUUUGG